AUGAGCACCGUCGCCCCUACGACCAUUCCGGACUGGUUUGCAGGUAAUGGUGCCCUCGUCCCCGAGUCUGUAUAUGGCUCCCUCCAGACGCAUAACAUCCGGCGCAUCAACCCCGUCGUGGCGGAGAUGAUUGGGCGGAAUGUGGCAUCGAUGCCGUCGGAUCCGGGCACGAUGCUCUCAAUUCAUCAGUUGCGGGGGCAGUCUGCUGGUGAAGAUGCAAGCAAGCUUGAGCAUUCCGUGUUCGCAACGAGGGAGCCUCAUUAUAUGCUUGAGAUUCUCGGAUGUGGUACGGAUGAGCAGAAUGCGGGCACAUCUGAGGAGUGGGCGGUUAAGACGGCAAAGGAGGUUGCGCAGGUCGACGAGGGGAAUGUUGUGUCCACGGCGUAUGUGUCCUUGAUGAGAUUGGCGAGCAUGAAGCCAGAUGAGGCAGUCAAGAAAGCGUUUGGUACCAAUGCGGAGGUGGUGCGCGAGCUGAAGGAGAGGUUUGACCCGGAAAAUGUCUUUGCGUUGGCGCUGCCGGCGUUGAAGUAG